AUUUAAUACUGGUUGACAUAAUAUAUCUUUCUGUCCAAGCAAGAGCAGUUGACUUUGUACACUCUACAAUCAAGGAAGCCCAAUUUAAAAGCUCUCCACAUCUACUCCCAAUUUCUCAAAGAGAUCGAAUAGAGGCUCCAAGGAGAUGGAAAUCUUCCGUUUUGCGAUAGUGGGUGCUGUUUUUUCAGCUUUAAUAUUGUUGUCAUCAAGUGGUCCUUGUCAUGCUGAUUCUAAUGCAAACACCCGUAUUCAGUGCUCAGGAACCGAUGAUUCUACUACCGAGAAUGAUUUCCAGACAAAUCUCAUGAAUCUAAUGGACACCCUUGUUCUGAAAGGUCCUGUUUCCGGCGGUUUCUAUAAAGCAGAGACCGGAAAGAAAGCCAACAAGUUGUUUGGUCUCGUACAGUGUAGAGGCGACAUGUCUGCCGGUAAUUGUGCGAACUGCACCAACGACGCCGUUGCAGUAGCCAAGAGCAAGUGUCCAAAGAGCAACGAGGUAAUGGUCUGGUUUACUUGGUGUUUUCUACGGUAUUCGAACGAGAGCUUUUUUGGGAUUAUGGAACAGGGUUCAGUACUGGCCAUCACCAACGACACUGAUUUCGAAGAUCCUCAUGUGCUUUCAAAAGGGCUUUCCUUUAUGGGUGGCCUUGCGUCCACGGCUCCUAAUCAGCCUCAUAUGUUCCAGAAAGCGGUGCUGGAUGUCGGACAAAGUGGGAAGAGGUAUGGCAUGGCUCAGUGCAGUCUCGACAUCAGUAGAGCUGACUGUGGCGUGUGCUUGGAUGCUCAGUUGACGUCGUUUAGAACAACAAUUGGAAACAAAAGAUGGUGGGAAACUUACGGUCCCAGUUGUUUUAUGUGGUACCAUGACUACAAGUUUUAUUUCAACAUCUCCACCUCUGCAAGCGAAGGUUCUAGAAGAGCCUCUUCGUAUCGAAGAGUUUCAAUUGGCGUAACUAUUGCAAUGCUAAUGUCUUAGCUAGAUUGUUGUCCUGUCGCCUCAGGUAGAAGAUGAAGGUGAAGGAUCUGGAAACAGCUGGCAAUUUUUAUUUAUUUAUUUUUUCUAUUCAUUUGUUUCAUUUUCUAAUUGUGGGCAGUGAAAAUUAAAAGCAUUUAAUUAACAAUCAUUUUAUAGACGAUGUCACGUAUUGCUGAGGUCCAUUUUAUGAAUUCGGCAUGCGGUAUGUUAAUAUAUACAUUAUAUAUAUAAUU